GGUGACGAACGCACAGCAAGCCCACAGAAUCGAAGAGGAGGUCGCACAACACCACCUCGCUGACCCGAACUAUGUGAUCUCUGAGCACGUCCAUAUGACGAAGGAGAGGAGCCAUGACAAGCUGGAGGACGGGAGCUCCUCAGUUGAGAGGGUCGUUGUGGAGGUUGAUAACGAUCAGGAGGAAGACUCGCCGUACCCAGAAGUGCGUGCGGCAGUAUCCAACACGGACGAUCCCUCUAUGCCUGUUAACACCUUCCGGAUGUGGUUUCUGGGCGUCCUGUUCACUAUUGUCAUCUCUGGUCUGAACCAGUUCUUCGGCUUUCGCUAUCCCUCCGUCACGAUUACGUCUUUGGUGGCUCAGCUCGUUGCUCUCCCACUGGGAAAGCUGUUGGAGAAGAUCCUUCCCACUCGCCAGUUCAAUACGUUUGGAUAUCGUUGGUCCUUCAACCCUGGUCCGUUCAACAUCAAGGAGCACACGCUCAUCACAGUCAUGGCGAACGUGUGCUCUGGAGGUGCAUAUGCCACGGAUAUUCUUGCUGUGCAGAAGUCCUUCUAUAACCAGCAACUGGAUCCGGGUUACGAGCUGCUGCUCGUUAUCUCGACCCAGCUUAUCGGUUUCUCUAUUGCUGGUCUGUGCCGCCGAUUCCUCGUCUGGCCAGCAGCGAUGAUCUGGCCGUAUACGCUCGUGUACAGUGCGCUCUUCAACGCCUUGCACACUUCUUAUGGCAAGUCAGACGAUGGAUGGAUGAGCCGAAACAAGUUUUUCGUCAUCGCGUUCACAUGUUCCGCCCUCUGGUACUUCUUCCCCGGGUACAUCUUCACCGCCUUGUCCGUAUUCAACUGGGUUUGCUGGAUCGCGCCGAACAACUUUGUCGUCAACUCGCUGUUUGGGUACCAGACUGGCCUCGGCAUGGGCUUUGUCACGUUUGACUGGGCGCAGAUCGCCUACACCGGUUCGCCCCUUGUCACUCCCUGGUGGGCGCAGGCGAACGUAUUCGCGUGCCUGGCCAUCAUCUACUGGAUCAUCGCCCCAAUCAUGUACUACAAGAAUGUCUUCUUUGCCCAGUACCUACCCAUGUCCUCCUCCGGAUCAUACGACAACACCGGCGCACCAUACAACGCGACAGCGAUCAUCGUCGACGGGAUCUUCAAUCCUGAGCAGUACGCGAACUAUUCCCCUCUAUACCUAUCGAUGACGUUCGCACUGGCGUACGGCCUCUCAUUCGGCGCGCUCACAUCAACCAUCGUCCAUGUCUUCCUCUGGUACAGGCACGACAUCGUCCGCCAGUUCCGUGCUUCGCUCAAAGAUGAACCCGAUAUCCAUGCAAGGCUGAUGCUUGCCUACCCCGAAGUGCCCAACUCGUGGUACCUCGGCCUCGGGCUAGUCAGCUUCGCCCUGGCAAUAGUGACAAUCGAGGUGUGGCACACGCAGUUGCCGGUCUGGGCACUCAUCCUCGCCCUCCUCAUCUCACUCUUCUACCUCAUCCCGAUCGGCAUGAUCCAGGCAGUGACGAACCAGCAAGUAGGGCUCAACGUCAUCACCGAGCUUAUCGUCGGCUACGCACUCCCAGGAAAACCAGUAGCAAUGAUGAUCUUCAAGACCUUCGGGUACAUCACCAUGGCCCAAGCGCUGUCCUUCGUCGGCGACCUCAAGCUCGGGCACUACAUGAAAGUCCCGCCUCGGAUGAUGUGGCUUUCGCAGGUCAUCGCCGCACUUAUAGCGUGCUUCGUCGUCGUCGGUGUGCAGAACUGGAUGUUCGGGAACAUAGUGGGCAUGUGUACCCCCGAGCAGGCAGACAACUUCACUUGCCCGGGGAUCGAUGUUUUCGGCACGGCUUCCCUCAUCUGGGGCGGGAUAGGCCCGACGAGGAUAUUCAGUCAUGGGCUGUAUCAGCCGCUGUUGUGGUUCUUCCUCAUCGGGGCUCUCCUCCCCAUCCCAUUCUACUACUUGGCAAAGAAGUAUCCUAUGUCCGGGUGGAAGUACGUCAACAUCCCCGUAUUCUUCACCGGCACAGGCCUCAUGCCCCCCGCAACAGGGAUCAACUUCUCCUCCUGGUUCAUGGUCGGCAUCACCUUCAUGUACUUCGUCCGGCGGUACCACUUCGGCUGGUGGUCGCGCUACAACUACGUGCUCUCCGCGGCGAUGGACUCGGGAGUGGCGAUAACGACGAUUGUCAUCUUCUUCUGCCUGUAUUUCCCGAAUGGAGGGGUGUCACUUGAUUGGUGGGGGAAUAGCGUGUAUGCGAAUACGCUCGAUGGGAUGGGCGCCACUUAUUUGACGCUUAACCCUGGGGAAGUGUUUGGUUAUCAGCCGGGGACGUGGUCCUAGUUGUAGGAUGCUCUACAUAGCUUGUGCUGGAAGGUGAAGUGAGGUGGGGUGGGGGAGUGUACUGUUUUGUGAGAGGUGUUGGACCUCUGCUUGAGGCUGGUUGAUGUCACGUACAUACUACUCUAAG